GAAGAAGGGAGGAAGUGGAUCUGAGGACCUGAGGGGUGGAGAGCUGCCAGAGAUCUCUGCUAAAGGCCAGAGUAUGUGUGUGAUGCUGCAUGGGAGACAGUGACAGAGACCCCCCUGCGCAGUGUGGGAAGCUGAGUGAAAUCCUGCCAGCACCAUUCCUACUCACCAGCUCAGCACUGAAGGGAGACCUGCGCUCCCAAACAAGUUUCCUGUCUCACAUCUCAGUAGUGAUUCAGUCUUACAGCUCAGUAAUUCAGGUGCACUCUGAUGUGUGGAAGAUCUAUACAUUCCUUGCUGGUGCCAUAGAGAAGCCCUGUCUGAGAAACACCCUCUGAGUGACAGUAACAAGACUUACACAGAGUGGGGAGUCACCUUCCCUUAUACUGGCAGAGAUCACAUUGCGAACUAUUUGAGCUCAAGCAAAGGUCAAAUGAAAAAAAGAAAUAAGAGAAAAAUUGACAAAUUUUCAUGGAACUCCCAAUCAGAAGGGGACAAAAGAAUUGCAGAUCUGCUGUCUACUGAUCCAAAUGGAGAAAAGAGGGACAAAAAAAUUGCGGAUCUGCUGUUUACUGAUCCAAACAGAAAAAAGAGCCAAAUGAUAAAAAAUAACAGAAAAAUCGACAAAUUUUCAUGGAACUCCCAGUCAGAAGGGGACAAAAAAAUUGCGGAUCUGCUGUCUACUGAUCCAAAGGGUGAAAAGAUCCAAAUGAUAAAAAGAAAUAACAGAAAAAUCAACAAUUUUUCAAGGAAAUCAGAAGGUACCAUUGGUAUAGCGCAUAAACUGAAGGGGCUUUUCCUUUUUAUGAGAGACAUAACAUGGCUUUUAUGUUUUCUUAUUGCAUCUUCACAUGUGGUAGUCGCGGAAACUGCCUUCACAAAGCAACUCUCAGUGGCUGUGUCCUCUGAUAUCGAGCUCUGUGGUCUGAACUGUGACAAGAGCGGUAUGUACACUCUGGAUCGGGCAGUUGGUGACCCUAUUCUGGAUUAUUUUUGCCCAGAAAAAUCUAUUUUCUACCAUGACUUCAACAGAGAGCGCCUGCGAGUGAAUGUAUCCACUGGCUGCUGCAUCAUCAAAAAUGCUCUGAAGAAUGAUACUGGUAACUACCAAUUGAUGUUUCACGGCAUAAAGAAGGAGGUGUGGGUCCAGGAAACAUCAUGCUUGGUUAUGGAUCCAGUCUCUGUGUCCAACAUAACUUCUAACCUUGAUGAAUCAGGGAUGAAAACGAUUCUGAGUGUUUCCUACAGUGGGGAAGAGGCGACAGUUGUGUGGGCAUGGAACGGGGGAGCCCUGCCUGAGAGACACCAGCUGAGUGACAGUAACAAGACUCUCACUGUACCCAGUACUGACACCGGCACAUUCACCGCCCAUGUCUCCAACCCAGUCAGUGACGAGAUAAUUGAGUGUUUCUUCGAACCACUAGAGGAGGAAGGAUUCCUUCGUGUAUUACGUGAGAGAAAGUUGGAAAUUGGAAUUUGCGCUGCACUGACGAUAGUUAAUGGAAUGGCUGCCGUGGCUCUCGUGGCUAUCAAGGGUGCAGCAAGGAAAAAAUUUGAAAGGUUAAAGCGUAAGGCAGCAAAUGAAAACUCGGCAACUGCUGAAAGUCUUGUGAGCCAACAUUCCUGCGCAGUUUCAGUUGAUGGUCCAACUAAGGAAAAAUCAGAUAUGUUUCCGUGAUUUACCAAAGAAGUUCUGUUUGUUCAUAGGGUGAACCUUGACCUGCUAAUCUUAAUACAUUAGAUUAAUUCUUAAUUCUAAUAAAUAAUCAUUAGGUAAUUAGGCAACAGAAGUAAGUUCAUAUAAGUAUGUGUCUCUCUGUCCUUUUUAUAACUGCCACUCCUAUAAUCCCUCCUGUUCAGAUCAUUCUGUACAUGAAUAAGAGAAAUAUAUAAGAUCGUAUAGGUUGGGCAUUAAUAAGAGCAGAGAUGAUAGGAUUAACAUAAAAAUUGCUUGUUAUUACUAAUUAUAAUGCAUAGGGGAUUAUAUAUUUCAUAAUUGCAGAGAUAUAUAAUGGUUACAUAUAUCUAGUGGUUUACUUACAUUCACUUUCCUAUUAUAUACUAUGUGCUUAUGAUUAGUGAUGAGCAAAUCUGUCCAUUUUGCAAAACAACAGCAAAAUUCACCCCCCUUUUUUGAUGUGCCCACGCCCAUUUUGACGCGACCACGUCUAUUUUGACAUGCCCACGCCUAUUUUGACACGACCAGAUCUAUUUUGACAUGCCCACGCCUAUUUUGACACGACCACGUCUAUUUUGACAUGCCCACACCUAUUUUGACGUGACCACGCCUAUUUUGACACAACCACGCCUAUUUUGACACGACCAUGCCUAUUUAGACACGACCACGCCUAUUUCGACACGACCACACCUAUUUUGACAAGACCAUGCAUAUUUUGACACGACCACGCCUAUUUUGACGCGACCACACCUAGUUUGACACGCCCACGCCUAUUUUGACACACCCACACCUAGUUUGACACGCCCAUGCCUAUUUUGACACGCCCACACCUGUUUUGACCAGACCAUGCCUGUUUUGACACGACCACGCCUAUUUUGACGCAACCACACCUAGUUUGACACGCCCACACCUAAUUUGACAAGACCAUGCCUAUUUUGACACGACCAUGCCUAUUUUGACACAACCACACCUAGUUUGACACGCCCACACCUAUUUUGACAAGACCAUGCCUAUUUUGACACGACCACACCUAUUUUGACGCAACCACAUCUAGUUUGACACGCCCACACCUAUUUUGACAAGAUCAUGCCUAUUUUGACACGACCACGCCUAUUUUGACGCAACCACACGUAGUUUGACACGCCCACACCUAGUUUGACAAGACCAUGCCUAUUUUUACACGGCCACAGCUAUUUUGACGCGACCACACCUAGUUUGACGAGACCACAACUUUUUUUGACACACAAUGAAUUUUACAGCAGCAAAUUUUCUCAGAAGUUUCACGAAACAAUUCGGCAAUGGCGAAAUGCGGAAAUUCACUGAGAAUCUAUGCCUGGCAAAAAAAUUUGCUCAUCACUACCUAUUCUCUUUUUAUAAAUAAUCAUUAGGUAAUUAGGCAACAGAAGUAAGUUCAUAUAAGUAUGUGCCUCUCUGUCCUUUUUAUAAUUGCCACUCCUAUAAUCCCUCCUGUCCAGAUCAUUCUGUACAUGAAUAAGAGAAAUAUAUAAGAUCGUAUAGGUUGGGCAUUAAUAAGAGCAGAGAUGAUAGGAUUAACAUAAAAAUUGCUCGUUAUUACUAACUAUAAUGCAUAGGGGAUUAUAUAUAUGAUUCCAGAGAUUUGUAAUGGUUACAUACAGUAUAUCUAGUGUUUUACUGGCUUUCAUUUUCCUAUUAUAUACUGUGUGCCUGUGUUUACUUAAAUCAAAAUAAAUUUUGUUUCAAAAAUU